AACAAUUCAGUCACUGGAAUCGCUGUUCUUAUUUCAAUAAUGUGUCUUUUCCAAACAGUCAAUAGUAAAAACAAUUAAAAAUGAACGGAAAGAAGCAGUCGUGCCGGAAAGAAUGUUGUCAUAUUUAUAUGCCUAUACUGUAUCUAUAAAAAAAUAUCUUAUCUCGGGGCAAUGACGUUUACGUCGUAAAUUACGACUGUAGUUAGUUCAACUUAAGACGUGAUUUUCCAGUAGUGAAGUCCGAACAUGUGAAAAUAUAAUACUACAAAAAUUAUGUCGCUAAUUUGCUGUGAUUUGAGAAAAAAACAAAUUAUAAUCUAUGCUAUGACAACAUUGCAUUUCUUUCUUCCGGGUUCGUGUCACAUGACAUGGCGGCUGGCCCGCCCUCAGUGGAAGCUGAAGACUCCUCUUGAUAGCUUGCUGUCUGCCUUGCUGCGAUUUUAUCCACCCACGACCACAACAUGACAAAACCAGGUCUUUGUGGACGUUAGCCCUCCAUCACGGAAGCACCAAGCGAGGCCAGGAGGCGAGAGAGACUGCUUCUCCGAGACACCAAUGUUGCAUUCGCUGACCUCCUGCCUGUCACAGCAGUGAGUUCGGGAGACGGAACGCAGACAUGAUGUCCUCCAGUGAUGACGUUCGAGGAGAAGGGUCUUUGUUCCCUGAGCAGAAUCCAUCCGAACUGGAUGCUCUUUGUCCUUCCCCUCCCGGACCAUCCAGACCACAACGGGACUACGAGAGGAUAGGAACACGAACCGGAACCUCUUUUUGCCAGACCCUGAUCCACCUGCUGAAGGGGAACAUCGGUACCGGACUGCUGGGUCUGCCCUUGGCUGUGAAGAAUGCAGGACUUGUGCUGGGACCGGUCAGCUUGUUGUGCAUGGGCGUCAUCGCAGUGCAUUGCAUGAGGGUGCUGGUCGACUGCUCUCACCACCUCAGUGCAAAGAUGAACAGACAGUCUCUGACCUACGGGGAGGCGGUCCAGUACGGCAUGGAAAACGUCUCGUGGCUCAGGAGACACUCGCAGUGGGGAAGGCGGACCGUCAACUUGUUUCUUAUCAUCACCCAGCUGGGUUUCUGCUGCGUCUACUUUGUCUUUCUUAGCGACAAUGUCAAGCAGGUGGUGGAAGCAGCCAACGGCACCACCUUCAAUUGUCAGAUCAGCAACACCAACCAGACCGAGAUCCUGGUCCCCAGCUUCGACUCCCGCCUCUACAUGCUCUGUUUCCUGCCCGCAUUCAUCCUGCUGGUCUUCACCCCCAACCUGAAGUACCUGGCGCCCCUGUCGCUCAUCGCUAACCUGGUCAUGGCCGCCAGUCUGGUCCUCAUCUACUUCUACUCCAUCACGCACAUCAAAUACCCCAUCAACUUGCCCAGCGUGGGCCGGGCCAAAGACUACCCGCUCUUCUUUGGGACGGCCAUCUUUGCCUUUGAAGGGAUCGGAGUGGUUCUCCCGUUGGAAAACAAGAUGCAAAGGCCUCAGAGUUUCCGCCUGGUUCUGUAUUUGGGAAUGGGCAUCGUCACAUUCCUGUACAUCAGCCUCGGAACGAUCGGAUACAUGUGCUUCGGCGCCGACAUCGGCGGCAGCAUCACGCUCAACCUGCCCAACUGCUGGACCUACCAGGGCGUCAAGCUGCUCUACUGCUUUGGCAUCUUCAUCACAUUCGCCCUGCAGUUCUACGUUCCUGCUGAGAUCCUCAUCCCGCCGGCCGUGGCUCAGGUGUCCGAGAGGUGGGAGACGGCCGUGGACCUGCUGCUCCGCACCAUCUUGGUCAUAUUCACAUGCGCUCUAGCUAUCCUGAUCCCGGAAUUGGACCUUGUGAUCUCACUGGUGGGCUCGGUCAGCAGCAGCUUCCUGGCGCUGAUCUUCCCGCCAAUUCUACAGAUCCUGGUUCUACACAGCGAGGGACUUUCGCCGCCGGUUCUGGCUAAGAACUUCAUGAUCAGCCUGGUGGGUCUGGUGGGCUUCCUGGCGGGUACUUAUAUCGCCGUGGAACAGAUCAUCACUCGCAAUGCCAUCAAACGUGACGAAACGCUUGGCGCUUUGGCGUUGGGGUGAGGACGCUUUCGUAAAACGCCGCCGUCACUUUCUUUUUUUGACAUUUGAUGAGUGUCUUUUUUUUUUUUUUUAAUUGUUGGGUGUUGCCAUUGUGUGUUUAUUUGUCAGGUAGGCGGUCGAUUCCGUGUUACCGUGUACUCUUGGUGGCGUCUUUUCAGAGUCCGACUACCUCAACAGCUCAUCGUUAUUUGCGUCUUAGGAGUUUUUAACCCUCGGCCCAAAAUAUCUUUAUGAAUAUUUCAUUUGCACUUUGAUUUCAUGCCUUAUGCAGUAAAAAAAAAAAAUUUACUUAUUGUAACGCGAGCCUGCGUUUUAGCUAGCUAGCUAACAUUCUGUGGCUGUCUCUCAGUUGUCUCCGAAGUGCAUAAGUGUUCACACUGACCAGUACGGUAUAGUUCAGUGCACUGUUGCAAAUAUACCAAAUAUUCAAAAUGGUGAUGGGAACAUUCCAUCCGAAAUAGUUAGCAUCAUGGCUACACAGCAGAAUGGGAGGGGGGGGGCGAACUCCAGUGGUUGCAAUUCACCGUUAAAAAGGAGCAAAAGAGAAGUAAGUGUGCAAGUGUUUGGGACAGCACUACACUGUCAACUUUCACGCACUCAGGAAGUAAGUACACAGUGUUCAUUGCUCAUUGAAGUGUACUAGUGGUGGACACUAUCUCAGUUAUACACUUGUGUACGUUCACUUAGUCUCUUGAGUGUGCACAUGCAUACUUACACUUUUGAGUGCACUUUGAGCGCAUAAGUGUUCUGUUGUGUACGUACACUUCGAAUGGGGAAUGAUGUUUUCGCCCUUGCGCUGUCAAAAUUUUGAGUACAUAAGUGCACAUUUGCGCUUUGCUUUUUGAUUUCACAAGUGCACACUUGUGUACUUAAACUUUGUCUCUUGAGUGCAUGGGUGUGCACUUGCAAACUUCCACUUUUGAGUGCGCUUUGAGUGCAUAAGUGUUCUCUUGUGUACUUACACUUAGAAUGGGGAAAUGACGUUUUCACCCUUGCGCACUUGCGCUGUCUUUUGAGUACAUAAGGGUGCACUUGCGUACUUACACUUUGUCUCUUGAGUGCAUGAGUGUGCACAUGCAUACUUUUGAGUGCACUUUGAGUGCAUAAGUGCUGUUUUUUGAGUACUUGAGUGCACACUUGCGCUUCACUUUUUGAUUUCACAAGUGCGCACUUGUGUACUUACACUUUCUCUCUUGAGUGCGUGGGUGUGCACUUGCUCACUUACACUUUUGAGUGCAUAAGUGUUCUCUUGUGUACUUACACUUAGAAUGGGGAAUGACUUUUUCGCCCUUGCGCUGUCUUUUGAGUACAUAAGUGCGCACUUAAGUCCUUGCACUUCGCUUUUUGAUUUCACAAGUGCGCACUUGCGCACUUACACUUUGUCUCUUGAGCGCAUGGGUGUGCAUUUACGUACUUACACUUUGCAUUGUGAGUGCACUUGUUUACUUACACUUGUGUGUAAAUUUGUGCACUUGCGUACUUACUCUGUCUUUUGAGUGCAUAUGUUUUCUCUUGGGUAUUUACACUUCAUCUUUUAUUGCAUAGGUGUGCACUUACCUAGUUACAUUUGAUCCUUUUGAGUGCAUAAGUGUACACUUGCCUACUUCCACUUUGUCUUUUGAGUGCAUAAGUCUACACUUGUCUACUUCCACUUUGUGUAUUGAUUGCAUAAGUGCAUUCAUACUGAAAAGUAAAGCAAAAUGCGGUAUACUGUCAGUACCUGGACGUUCUACUCAAAACGCUUCAGUGUGCAAUGACGGACACUUACCACCCUCAAGAGUCGCCAUCUUGGCUACGUAGCGGAACAAGAGGGACUAAUUAAAGUGGUUGCAAAAAGGAGACAAGAAGCGGAUAAAUAUUGCGAUAGUCGUUUCUAGUAAGUGUACAUUAACAGCAAUGAAUAUCAGACAGUACACUAUGAAAAUUCGUGCCUUCAGGAAGAUUGUACACAGUGUACACAGUACACUUACGGAAGGGUACUGAGGGGAAGUAUUGCGUGUGAGAGGCAGCCACGGCUUUUGUGUCACCUAAGAUGGAUUCUAAUCACGGCCCAGUUUGAAACAAAUGGAAGUUUUCACAGACGGAUAAUGUUUUGGUAAAGUAAAUGUUCGGGUUUAUGAAAUAUUUUAAUUGUUAAUAAUCGAAAAAGUUGACGUGAGCAUCUUGUAAGAACAUGUCCAUCCAUCCCACAUUAGCCGGUUUAGCUAGUCGUGAAAAGUAAGCGACGUUAAGAAGCACUUUAGAAAAACGUUCACGUCUUCCAGAUGUUCAAAGUCCCUGAACUCAAACUUUCGGUUUUGUUGUUCGAAUGAAAAAUGUCAAUAAAGUUGAAGUCAUCUUAAAUGUACGCUCAUUUUUCGCUUUUCCCGAAAUAAACGACUGUCAAGAAGUAAGCACACCCAGCAAUUUAAACUACUCACUUUUUCUAUGAAAAUUAUUGUUUAUUUUUCAUUUAAUGGGAAUAUUCUCAUUUUUUUAUGUUUGACUGAUUCUUUACUUAUUUUUAUCAUUAACCGCAUUUUGUCCUCUGUCAAGGACAAAUAUCUCACAGCUUUAUUCCCAAUGCAAAUUCUUACGUUAUUACGGGAAUAAGAGACGAGAUUCCGAUAUUAGAUUUUAAGAAAAGUACAAUGGAAAAAAAUUACGAAAAUAAUUUCUAGUAUGUUACCUUGCAUUGGUCCUCAUAAGGCUACACUGUUCUGCACUGUGUGUGUGUAUGCUAGCUCCACCCACCGACACGGAGAAACUGUAUGACUGACAAAAGGGCUCACUCUGUUCAUGCCAUUGUUCUAUGGAACAAAUGCGCCAAUUAAAAAUUAUCUAUUUUGGUUUAUUAUUUAUUCCCCUAAACACAUUUUUACUGUAAAAAUGUUUUUAAAGAGUCCAACAUGAAGUUUGAGUAGAAAUAUUCCAUCAAGUGUUUCCAUUCCAGAUCGGUGUGCACUCAUUUCCUGCUUGGAAUUAAAAAAAAACAAAACACUGAAGACAAAAAGCAUCCGAGUCUUUCCUAAAUAUUCCCACUUCAAUAAUCCCCAACGUUCCGUGUUCAUUUCUUCAUUUAGUCAACUUCUUUGUUGGAUUCCGCACAUCAGCAACCUCUGACCUCCCCAACACUCUGAAGUGUCCUCGCUCCAAAACCCCAUUUUCAUUGGAAUAAUAAUAAUAAUCAUCAUCAUAAUAAUCAUAAUGUCCGUGGACCUCCCCAACACUCUGAAGUGUCCUAUCUCCAAAACCCCAUUUUCACUGGAAUAAUAAUAAUAAUAAUCAUCAUCAUAAUCAUAAUAAUAAUAAUAAUAAUGUCCGUGGACCUCCCCAACACUCCGAAGUGUCCUGUCUCCAAAAC